AUGGCGGAGACAGAGCCGUUCGUGGCGUCUGAGCCGCCGCCGCCGCCGCGUCGCCUGUGUGCGGCCGUCACGCGCUUCCCCACGUACGCGACGGCGCGACUGCUGUCGUGUUUCGGCUACGCGUCGCCCUCUCUCCGCCUGCAGAGCGGCCGAACCGUCGCCGUUGGCUCAGAGGUCGCGCAGGGCGCCUUCUCGUUCGUCUACCGGGCGACGGACGCGGCCACGGGGGAGUCGUUUGCGCUCAAGAAGAUUCCGUGUCCCUCGCACGCGCACGCGCAGCUCGUGGCGGCGGAGAUCCGCGCGCAUCAGACGUUCGCGCACCCGAACCUGAUGCCGCUCGAAGACUAUGCAGUCGUGUCGACGGGGGCCCACACGCUCGAGUACUAUCUGCUGUUCCCGUUCAUGGAGCGAGGCACGCUACGUGAGCUGAUCGACGCUGCAAUCAGUCAAGGCGUGCGCCUGCCAGAGGCGCAGAUCCGUGACCUGUUUCUGCAGGUGUGUCGAGCGGUUGCCGAACUGCACUCGGCGUCGCCGCCGCUCGCCCAUCGCGAUAUCAAACCAGAGAACGUGUUGGUGUCGGACGACGGCGAGUUACUUCUGACGGACUUUGGCUCGGUCACGACGGCCGACGUGGUCAUCUCCAAGCGCUUCGAUGCCCUCGUGCUGCAGGAACACGCUGCCCAGCAGAGCUCGAUGGCGUACCGCGCGCCCGAGCUCUACGACGUGCCGGACGACGCGCACAUCUCGAGCGCCACUGACGUGUGGUCACUGGGCUGUUUGCUGUACGCUAUGGCGUUCGGGUACUCGCCGUUCGAGUGCUCGUUCUACAACUCGGGCGUCGUGCGCGUUGUCGAGUGCACGUACUUGGCCGUCCUCGGGCCGAUCAAGUUCCCCAAGAACUGCUCGUACUCGCCCGAGUUCUGUGAGCUCAUCCGGUGGAUACUGACCCAAGACGCUUCCGCUCGACCGUCCGUGUUUGACGUGAUCCAGCAGCUGCACAAUGAGUGA